AUGGCCGAUCCUUACAUGAGGCAGAUCAAGAUGAAGACUGGUGUGGUGAAGCGAUUCGUCAAAGGAAAAGCGAUGUAUGAAAACGAAGCAAAACAACAAGAAAUGAUCGGAAAAAUGAAAGCUGAAGAUGGUGAAAAUUACGCCAUUAAAAAUCAGGCAGAGAUCAUACAAGAGUCCUGGACGAUGAUCCCAGAUUGCCAGUGCAGAUUGGAAGCUGCGUACACAGAUCUUCAGCAGAUAUUAGAAAAGGAAAAAGAUUUGGAAGAAGCUGAAGACUAUAAAGAAGUACGUUUAGUACUAGAUUCAGUGAAGUUAGAAGCCUGA